AUGGUUAACGAGGAGCCUGAAGUCAUAUUGCACAAUUGCCUGGCAAACAGCACAUCUCCAUACCUCCGAGCGCACAAGGACAAUCUUGUGGCCUGGCAAGAAUGGUCCGAGAAGGCCAUCUCCUUAGCAAAACGCUCUCAGCGACUCAUCUUUCUCAGUAUUGGCUACAAUGCAUGUCAUUGGUGCCAUGUCAUGGAACGAGAAUCUUUCAACUCCCCUGAAAUUGCCGACAUCCUCAACCAAUCGUUCAUCCCAAUCAAACUGGACCGAGAAUCUCGUCCCGAUCUGGACGAUAUCUACAUGAGCUAUGUCACUGCAACCACCGGUUCCGGUGGAUGGCCAUUGAAUGUCUUCCUCACCCCCGACCUGAAACCCGUCUUCGGGGGCACAUACUGGCCUGGCCCAUCACCAACCACCCACCUCCAACGAGGAACUCCUCACGAUGAGCCCCCGGUCACCUUUAUCGACAUUUUGCACAAGAUGCAAGAAGUCUGGACGACACAACGGGAACGAUGUCUUCAGUCAUCCACCGACAUCACCAACCAACUACUCGCCUUCGCGGCGGAGGGCAUUCAUUCCCAUUCCACUGUCCAAAUCCGAGGAACUGAACCGCCUUCUUCAGACCCCCCCGAACCUUUAGAUCUGGACCUUCUCGAUGAUGCCCUCAGCCACUUUAUUUCUCGAUAUGAUUCGACAUAUGGUGGAUUCAGCGCCAAUCCGACCGCCCCGAAAUUCCCCACGCCCUCCAAUCUCACAUUUCUUCUUCGAAUCGGUGCAGCGAUUGCGCAGCCGUCCACCCAUACACGCUUCGGUUUCUUCAGUCCAGUUCCGGGCAUUUUAGGUCGAGAGUCAUGCGUCACCGCGGCAAGAAUGUCGCUUCACACGCUCCUCGCCAUUUCACGAUCGGGCCUCCGAGACCAAUUAGGAUAUGGGUUCCAUCGAUACAGCGUCACCGCCGACUGGAAUCUCCCGCACUUUGAGAAAAUGAUGUGCGACAACGCUCAACUUUUAGGCUGCUACUGCGAUGCAUGGGCACUGGGUCGUGAUCCCGAGAUCUUGGGCACCAUCUACAGCCUCGUCGAAUACUUCGCCAACUCCGAAUCUCCCAUCGUCCAACCCGGUGGUGGCUGGUAUGCCAGUGAAGACGCGGAUUCUCGCGCCACUCUCUCCGCCGUCGCCAACGGCGUCACAGAUGACAAGAAAGAAGGCGCCUUCUACGUCUGGACAUAUAAAGAAUUCCAGUCCAUCCUCGGCGAGCGCAACGCAGCAAUUCUGGCCCGCCACUUCGGCGUCAAACCCGACGGCAACGUCCCCGCCCAGCACGACGUGCACGAUGAAUUCUUGACUCAAAACGUGCUUCACAUCCAAGCAACGCCAUCUGUGCUCGCGAAGGAAUUCGGUCUCGCCGAAGAAGAAAUCGUGCGCGUUAUCAAAAGCGGCCGGGCAGAAUUGCUCGAGUACCGAAAAUCCAAACGCGAACAACCUGAAGUCGACACCAAGAUCAUCGCCUCAUGGAACGGUCUCGCAAUCGCCGCCCUCGCACGCGCGGCUAACACUCUCUCCACCAUCGACAAACAUCGCGCAGCAAGAUGCCAGGAAGCCGCCGAGAAAGCCGCGGCAUUCAUUCGAAGGGAACUGUACGAUGAAACUACCGGCAAACUCUAUCGCACUCCGAAGCCGUCCACGACCACUCCCGAUGAAGACACUCAUAUGGCAUUUGUCGACGACUACGCCUACAUGACGCUCGCGAAUCUAGCAUUAUACGACCUCACCCUCUCGCAACCCUACCUCGACUGGGCCGUACGAUUACAAAAUUAUCUCGACACGCACUUCAUCGCCACCACCACGGGUGGCUACUUCCAAGCCGAGCAAUCUACGCCAAUGGAGCAAAUCAUCCGCUUGAAGCCCGGCACGGACAACGCGCUCCCUUCACCUAAUGGCAUCAUCUGCACCAACCUCCUAUACUUAUCGUCAUACAUCCAAGAUAAGAAUGCGGAAUACACCGCCAAAGCACGCGCGGUCCUCGACGCGUUCGCCGUCGAAAUGAUUCAGCAUCCGUUCCUGUAUGUGAGCCUGCUUUCGGGAGUUGUGAUGGAACAGGUGGGCGUCAAGACGCUGAUUGCGCCCAUGACGAUGCGCGAGAGUCAAGUGAGGAAGCUUAAGGGGUGGGGAAGGACAGUGGUCAGAGGAAUCGUGCAAACGGUGAUGAUCUGUACAAGGGACGGGACGUGUAGGGAGUUGAGGCAGAGUGACCUGGAGGAUGAGGAUGAGCAUGAAGACCACGCAGAUGAUGCGCCGAGCGUAAGCGGGUCGACGGGUGCGGCUACGGGUACGAAUACCACGACGGCUCCAAACCCAGCGCCGGCGCCGGCGAGUGUUAUGGCCUGA